AUGGUAUCUUACAGUACAAGCAACAAUGAUUACAAUGACAUUGCUUAUAUUUGUGUUGAGUGUAAAAAAGCUCUUGAGGAUGAUACUCUGUCACACUGUAAUGAUUGUGAUCGAAUUAUGAGAAACAGAAUAGACUGCUUCUGUGAUUUAAGAAAAGAUGAGCCAGUUAAAACUCUGACAAUAACAGAAAUAAUGGCACAGAGUUAUGUGGGUAGAUUGGAACAACAAAAUAAAGACUUGAAACAGCAACUAACUAAUGCUAAGGAAGAAAUUAAUUCUCACUUGAAAGCCUUAGAA